GGGCUGUUGUGUCUGAGGAACGUGCUGCGUGUUGGUGGCAGAGACUGUAUAAAAAAUAUUGGUGGUCGAUGUCACUGGUUUUGAACCUUGCUGAGAGGAAGCGAAAAGAGACAGUACAUCGGAGAGGACAACCAAAUCAUAUGGCACUUCCAACGGAAUCCCUCUAAAGAAUGACUACCAAUAAUACAACCGUUAUCAUUGAAAUACACUUUGAAUGCGUAUAGACGUUUGCUAGCGUUCGCUCGAUUUGGGAAAGUGAUUCUUCCAGAUGCGAUUCCAGAGGAGAAAAGGGGGCAAAUAAGCGAGGAGGAUGGUCCCCCUUAGCAGAGGGACACAUAAAAAAUAGACCAACGAUAGUUAUAGUGUUACGUUUUAUCUGUGUUUAUGCUCUUUCGUCAUUCGUUUUAUUUGAAAUUUGCAAGUGAACAUUUAAUUUGGCUACCUAAUUUGCCCAUGACACGCAUGGAUUUUGGGUGUUUGAUAGCUAGCGUUUAGAGGGCCGCUUUCCGGGCGCACAGAACUCGGAAGAGUCCGUUGAGCACAGCUUUGCGAGAAACGAGCACAUCUAGGCGUCAGGAGAUAUCUAUCUUUGGGCCAUAUCGAUUUAGAUAUAGCUAAGCUAGGUAGCUUGCUGCGAAGUUCGGGACUACUGUCUGUUUUCCACCAGCGAGCGAAGCAACGGGACGGAUUUUUUUCACGAGGAGCUUUUUUUGUUGUCGAUUCCUCCCACCAUUCCACUUUCUACGGCUAGAUACCAAGCUAGAUAACAGGCUAGAUGGAUGACAAGAUUGGGUUUCUUGCAGGCUAGCUUGCCAGGUAUCACUAUUACUCCGACUGUUAAAGCUAGUGUUGCUAGACGUAGCCGGACAAGCCGAUGAAAAAAUGGAAGGUUGAGUCUCUAUCCAGUCUCCUUCUUCUGGAGGGGGCGAGAUAGAGACGGAUAUAAGCAGAAACUUUAUCCCUAAACCAUUUUUCCAUCAAAGAAACGGGGCACCUUUUCACUCUAACACAUCUAUCGUAUCGAUUAAAACCCACUCUAAAUCUUUAUGAUAGCUAGCACGCUACCUCGAUAUGGAUAAACUCACCAUUAUUUCAGGAUGUCUUUUUCUGGCAGCAGAUAUUUUUGCCAUCGCCAGCAUUGCGAAUCCAGAUUGGAUCAACACAGGAGAGUCGACAGGUGCUCUGACGGUGGGCCUCGUGCGGCAGUGCCAGACCAUCCACGGCCGCGACAGGACCUGCAUCCCGCCGCGGCUGCCUCCGGAAUGGGUCACCACGCUCUUCUUCAUCAUCAUGGGCAUCGUCUCCCUCACCGUCACCUGCGGCCUGCUCGUGGCCUCUCACUGGAGGCGCGAGGCCACCAAGUACGCCCGCUGGAUCGCCUUCACUGGAAUGAUCCUGUUCUGCAUGGCCGCCCUCAUUUUCCCAAUAGGAUUUUACAUCAAUGAAGUCGGAGGACAGCCGUAUAAGUUACCCAACAACACAGUGGUGGGGUCUUCGUACGUACUCUUUGUGCUGUCCAUCUUCUUCACCAUAGUGGGACUGCUGUUUGCCGGGAAGGUCUGUUUGCCUGGCUGACGGUGCUUUUCGCCGGCCUCUAUGGGCUUGGAAGAGAAACCACCGUCCAUGCGAGUAGCAGGAUGGGAUAGUCAGAACCUAGGAAACAACUAUUAAAAGCAAAACUCAAAGAAGAGGGUGUGGGGAGAAGCUCUCCCCUGUGCUUAUUUAAACCCUCUCUUGACCUGCACUUUGGACAGAGGAGCCUGGACUGCAGUGGCAGGGAGCCUGAAAGGGAAAGCAGGCCCCUGUAACAUGACUCCGCACAUUUCAGAGGGACUGAACUUAACCAGCCUUCAUCCACCUUUCCCCAUGUCCUUUCCAUUCUCAUUAUUACCGAUAUUGUGGAGCUUAUUUGUCUCUUUCCAUUUCACAUGAGUAUUUCCAGAUCAUUUGAACAGAAGUAGAGUUGAUCCACUGAAGGUAGAUCGCCCUUGACUGAAUGCUCCCCGGUAGCCUUGGGGUUGCAUCUGGUGACCCCCCCCCUCCCUCCCUCCCCCCAGCCUUAAAAGCCUGCUCUGAUAGGGAGCUCCAGGGGGGAGGACAGUAGGCCAGUACAGGACAUCGACCCCCUGAGAAAGGGACCGGGAGACUAAUGCGGGGUGUCUCCUCCACAGCUCACUCCCAGCUCGCCACCCUCCGGGUGCAGAGGGACUGUCCAAAAAGGGCGGAGCGGCUCCAUGACUUCUGCCACUCUGCCCGCUCCCUCCCGCCCAGGCGGUGUGGGUGCUGGGCCGUGCGGUCGAACGCAUGAAGUCCUCCCUCCUCAGUGAAGGGAACAAUACGUUUGGUGUGAAGGUUGGUAAUGUAGAGCAUUUGUACUGAAACGCAGAGCAGCGGGACUGCGGGGUGGGUGCGGGUGAGGCAGGCCUCACACACAGCGCUUAUGUGAUGGCUGGGGAAUGCAUAGGAACACUGGUCAAACAGGCUUCUGCUGAUGAAACCAAAUGGAAAGUGUGUGUUCUGUUAAUGAGUGUGAUUGACUUGGUGUAUAAGUCUUAUACAAAUGUAUUUACUUUUGAGUUUAUUUAAUCUGUUUAUGUUAGUGCAUCAAAUUAUCCCCCCCUCCCCCCUUUUUUUUGAAAUUUUUAUUCUGUAAUGUACAUAAACACACAUGCCAGAACUUUCAUUUGAUUGUCUGAGCAAGCACUGUGAUACCAAUGAACUGUUCAUGCCAAUAGAAGCCAUCGCAUAGAAUCUGUUAAGUGCAUAAAUAAAUGGAAACUAUGUUCACCUCUUUGUUUGUAAAUAAAAGUAUGUUGGUUUUGUUUGAUUUUUAAUGAUAAUUUCCUGAAAAUCGCAUCCAUCCAUUCUGUGCUUUUGCUGUGAAAUAUUAAAGCAAAAGCUCCAACGCCAUAAUAUGAUCUGUCUUGAGAGGAAAACGUUAUGAUGUUACUGCUGUCCAAGAAGAAGGUGGUUUAGUUUUCUCAGCCUAAUUCCACAAUGGGGAAAAUGUGGAAUCGGAGAAGCCAGUGGCACUUCCUUUAGCCCUGCUGUGACACAUGCUCCAAAAUGUCAGGAUCUUUGUUGGAUUUGUGAAGGGCAGAAAUGGUCAUUUUUGUGAUGAGGUUGAGACAUUUUCGCCAUUUAUUUCAGGGUGCACCCCUGUCACAAUGGCCAUUCUAGUGGUUUCACAAUCCUGUGUGAGUAUUCAGUGGUAGUACUUCACAAAUGCAAACUGAUAAGGGAGGGGUCGGGGAAUCAAAAGUGCGUUCCAAAAGAAGGGCUUUUUGUGUAUUGGCAGCUGAAUGUGUACGUUUUGUGGGAUCUCACUAAUGAGCAUAAGGCAUGUUCAGAAGGGUCAUCCCAGCGGAGAAUCUGUGCCUCGCUUCUGGCAGACAAUAAUCCCUAUCACCAAGUACAGAGCUGAUGCAACAAAGUGUACUCAUCACCUCGCAAGUCGCAUUUAUUUGUGUUUAUAUGAAGAGGUUGUUUUGCUAUUGUUUAUCUGAAGCAUUUGCUGUGUUUAAUAAUGCAUGACACCUUUCCUGUGUGGUGCUAACAGUUGGUUUAAUACUAUCUUGCAAAUGUGUAAUCACAGGGUUGGCUGUGUUCUCCCUUCAUUCCACCCUUUAUCAAAUUACAGUUUUUCCAUUUAUUAUUUUUUGGAGGUGUAACAUGGAAUGGAACUUUUGUUUAUCCCUGAGGGAUAUUUCACCUUUUUUAUGGAGUCAUUUUCUGAAGAACAGGGAAACCAAGACACAUUGCUGUCCUGUUUGCUGAAACGACAUCCUUUGAGCAGUAAACAAACUGACAUCAAUUUAAACUCUUUAUAAAUCAUUUGUUGUGCAGUUUUAAAAAGCACUACUGUAAAACCAAUAGUUUUAAAAAUCUGGUGCAGAAUGACCAUGAGAAUUUAGAGAACAUAACAUGAUACGCAUGCAGUUAAUUACUGUAAACCUGAAAAGGUUGCUUACAGAUUGUAAUUUUCAUUUAACACUUAUUUGUAGUUGUUGUUCAUACGAACACCGAAAAGGAGUCUGUUGGCAAGAUUAAGUAUUUUAGUUCAUUUUUUAUAUCUGUAUACGACUGGAUUAAGUGGUAAUAUAUUAAAAUAAAAUAUCAGCCUAAUUAAAGCACAGUAUCUAGUUUACAGUUGCUCUUUAACAAUAUGUACAAUCUAGAACAUGUCCCCAGCUAUGCAAGCAAGAUUCCAGUGGAAAUAAUUAUUUCCACAUCACCUAAUAUUGCCUGUCCUAACUGUGGCAUAAAUAUAGAUGCCUGUAUCUAUUUAUGAAGUCGCUUUGGGUUAGUUCAUGUUAGUGUUUACCCAAUGGUAUAGCAACAACGCCUCACUUAAAAACCUGCAAGCUCCUGUCUUAUUUUCUGAAGACAAUACUACAGUAUAUAGAUCACAUCUGAAAUGCUUUUCUUCUUCAUUAUCAAAUACUAGAAAAGUGAACUCAACAUAAGUUUUCUGUUGGGGAUCAGUGCAUACUGUAGAUGCAAAUCAUCCGAAUAUUUGAAGUGUCCUAAUUAAGUUCAUUAGCAUAUCACAAGACCAAAUUAUAGCCUCAUUUUCAUUGAGCAAAUUUACAGAUUGUCUGGGUAAAUUGUAUGGUCUGCCAAAGAAAGACAAACCACAAUGCCCUGAUUUUUUUCUACACCGCUUUGUACGUUAUCAUUGCUAUCACUCCAAAAAAUGUAUUUGCGUUAAUCACAUUUCUGAGCAUAAAUUAAACUUAAAAACAAGCCAAGGUCAUUCAUAGAAGUCCUGUUUGUCCAGUUUACCAUUAUUUAUUAUAUAUUUUAUGUUAUUUAUUAUGCAUCACAACAAAAUUGUCCCAAGAUAUGGAAUCUGAGACAAAUUGAGAAAAUGUGUGUAUUUUAGCUUGUACAUUGCAAUUAUUUGGUUUCAUUUGAAUAUGUUGCAUUGUGUCAUUUGGGUAUGUCACUGUACCACUGCUUUUCAAUGUGCCAUCACUUGGAUGCUGAUGACAGGAAACCGGAGGUGUUAUUACAUCUUUCCUUAUCCUAAUUAGCAUUUGAACGUAUGUUCUUCAUGUUGCCUUUACCUGGUGGUGAUUUAUUUUUGCACUGACACUGCUUGCCUCCUUCAUCACUGUCCAGGUGCCCUUGUUGCCCCAUAUGCUGUGUUGCAUCUCUUUCAUUUCUUGAAAAUGUCACUGGAAAACAGUACUUUUUAAAGAUCUCAGUUGAUUAGAGUGGCCUGUCUUUAGAUCAGGCUAUUGGAAAGUUAACCAUAUUUAAAGAUCGUAAAUUAAACUAAUUGAGAAUACUAACUAUACUUUUUGUAAAUGUUGGAAACAUUUUCUCCUGGUUCCUCAUAUUGGCAAAGGGAUUGAUUAUGUGGACAUAUUGGGGCGCAAGCACCCUAGCUUAUUUCGUUGUUAUUUACUUCAUGCAGGGCAUUGUUUUUAAAGCACAAUAAAUACUGGUGUUGUGAUGGUGAUUUCCUGUAAUUUGUUCCACAUACAUUCCCCUUAGUCUACCUGCUUCUAAGUUAUGUGCAGUAUUUACUGGUUUUCAGGAUUUGGUCAUUGACCUGUGGAGAGAAAGGCAGCCUUUGAGAUGUAAUUGCCUAGCCUUACAUUGAAUUGCUUAUGAACAUACUUUUCCAAAAGAAAAUGUAAGAUCAUUCCUAAAUAAAAUAAAUCGCUAAAGCUAAUAUUCUAAAAUAAGUAAAGUAUCACUGUAAUGAGUUGCAGGGGUCUUGUAUGUUAGUGUAAAAAGUCAGAAAGAGAUAAAGGGACUAGAGAUAAAAAUUUACAGAAUAAAUGUUUUGUCAGUUUCUGCAGCCAGAUCUUAGUUAUCUAAAUGCCGUAAGAUUUUGUGAAAAUGUAGUGAGACAAUGUCUGAUACAUUUUUUGCUCUUAUGAAAGUCGAUGGUUGAUGAAAAUGCUGAAUUAAAUUAAUUAUUAUUGGAAAAGUAUAGACUUUUAAUUAAUCGUGUUUAAGAAUAUGAUUGAUAUGGUUUCAUGGCAUGGUCUGUUAAACCAAACAAAUUUCUAAACAAGUUAUUAAUACAACUGUAAAGCAAAAAAAAAUCUCUUAUAUUUUGUUAUUGAGCAACUUUACCAAAAUAAAAUCCUCUUAACAAAGCA